UUUUGGAAGCGAACAGAAAAGCCCGGGUUCUUGCAUUCCGCAUGGAGGACAAGACAGUGACGUACAUCGGUGGCUGAACGCGAUCAAUCCACUUUAUCCAAUGUGGAUGAGAUUGCUACUGAGGGGUCUCUCUCAGGGAGGGACCCCAAAGUUGAUCUCUCCAAGACAUUUUUCAUCCCCCUGUCUCCUCACUCAUAGCAGAGCUACUUGGACUUUGUGGGCUUACACGCUGCGGGACACGGGCUCCUUCUUGUCCAGGGCUUACAAAAAAGAUGCUAAAUCCACAGUGGACUUCCCGGCCAGUCCUGUCACCGUCGCAGAUAUCAAACAGUACCUACGUUCCAAGGACGUCCCCUUCCACGACGGCUUCAGCUGCCUGCACGCUCCCAGUAUUUUUGUUGACGUCGCUUCCAGGGCCGAGCGCUUCUCCCUGUUUGUGGACAAGACUACCGGGCAGUUCUUGUGCAUGGACACGCAGGUGGAUGGGAGCUGGGAGGACCUCCAGGACUGCCUGGAGGUGAUGCAGGCGGAGGAGCGAGAUUUCCUCAGUCCGCAGGUGCUGCUUAGCUACCGAGAGAGCGCCGAGGAGCAGGAACAGAGCGAGAGGGACGCCAGGGAGGUGAGAAGCAUCUGGUCCGCUUCUGUGCCCUUCUCGGAUCUGACAGAGGAUGACGCGACGCUCAUCAAGACUAUGUUCCAGAUCACAAAGAUCUCUAAUGCAACACUGAAGAAGUUUGGCGUGAGGCUGUUCAAGCCCACUAAAAGUCUGGUUUUCCCCUGGCUGGGAGGUUCCGAUUCCUCCUUGAAGGGGCUGAAGCUCCUCUCGGCGCAAACGACGGAAGAUGGCGCCGUCUGCUACAAUGAGGCCAUGGUCCCCAAGUGCAGCUCCUACAACAACCUGUUUGGCCUCCCUCUGCUGAGCCGCAUGGACGCCAACGUGGUCCUGACGGGCCGCGAGCUGGACACGCUGGCCGUGAGCCAGGCUACGGGUUUAGCCAGUGUGGCCCUCCCGCGAGGCGUGGGCAGCCUGCCGCCCGCCUUGUUGCCCUACCUGGAGCAGUUCAAGCGCGUCACGCUGUGGCUGGGCGGCGACAUGCGCUCCUGGGAGGCGUCCAAGAUGUUCUCACGCAAGCUUGGCUUGCGCCGCUGCUGGCUGGUGCGGCCCGGGGAGUUCCAGCCCUGUCCUGUGGAGGCUUUAGCACAGGGAAAGAACUUGAACCGUGUUGUGGCGACCGCCAUCCCCGCCGCGCACAAGUCUAUUGUGUCCUUCAAACAGCUCCGCGAGGAUGUGUACGGGGAGCUGAUGAACACCGAGCAAGUGGCCGGCGUCAAGUGGGCCCGCUUUCCUGAGCUCAACCGGAUCUUGAAGGGACACCGCAAGGGAGAGCUCACGGUUUUUACCGGUCCCACGGGAAGCGGGAAGACCACCUUCAUCAGCGAGCUGGCCCUGGACCUGUGCAUGCAGGGUGUCAACACCUUGUGGGGCAGCUUUGAGAUCAACAAUGUGCGUCUGGCCAAGAUCAUGCUGACACAGUUUGCCAUGCAGCGGCUAGAGGACAACCUGGAGCAGUACGACUUCUGGGCGGACAAGUUCGAGGAGCUGCCACUUUACUUUAUGACCUUCCACGGCCAGCAGAACAUCAAGUCGGUGCUGGACACCAUGCAGCACGCCGUCUACCUCUACGACAUCAAUCACGUGGUCAUCGACAACCUGCAGUUCAUGAUGGGGCAGGAGAACCUCUCGGUCGACAAGUUUGCCGUCCAGGACCACAUCAUCGGUGCAUUCAGGAAAUUUGCCACCAAUUCCAGCUGCCACAUCACACUCAUCAUUCAUCCCAGGAAGGAGGAGGACGACCGGGAAUUGCAGACGGCCUCCAUAUUUGGCUCGGCAAAGGCCAGCCAAGAGGCGGACAACGUGUUGAUCCUGCAGGAAAAGAAGCUGGUAACGUGCCCGGGGCGCCGCUCACUGCAGGUGACCAAGAACCGCUUUGACGGUGACGUGGGCGUCUUCCCGCUGGACUUCAUCAAGGCCUCGCUCACUUUCGCCACGCCCCUCAAGGGCAAACACAAGCUGAGGAAGGUUGCCACCAAGCCCGAGGAGAACGAGGGCGACGAGGCACCCCCAAAGAAGGACUCCGUCAAACGAGAGAAGGCGGAUAAACAGCAAAGCAAAACGCCAAAGUCAACACGGGCUGCUAAGCAACCACCGACGUGAGGUGAAUGAACUACGACCUUCCUUACAGUAGACAGUCACAAUCAAGUGACUUCUGAUAUUGUGACAAUUCUUACACUGGCACACCUGCAAAUAUUUUUAGUAACAUGUUUCAUAUUGAGAUGACACUACUGCAUUUUUUUUUUUAUAUAUAUAUAUAUUCGAUAUUUCAGGAGGGAAAAAAAAUCACAUUGCAUUUGACUGAUACUUCCUCCUGGCAAAGUCUGUGAAUUGGAGCAAAUGAGACUCAUUUGAGUUGUUUGAGGACCAGUCCUUGAUUAGCAGAUGCAUAAGAACCACAUGUCCCCCAAAUGCUGCAGGGCUGGACUGAUUUGAAAACGUGAUAAAAUCAUGCGUGCCGAGCUUGACAUCAGCAGACGCCCAUUUCAAAUUCUUACUUCCUGCAAAGGAAACGAUAAGAUCGCCAACAUGUCAACUGGAUGGAUUUUGAGGCUUUAAAUGGCAUCAGGUGGAACUAAUGUUCUUCGUGUUCUACGUUCUCAUAUGACCCAGCAGAGCCAGUUUUGAGGGUGAAAUGAGCUGCAAAAUUGUUUCCAAUUACCUCGCAGCUAUUAUGUGCAUCCGGCACACUUUGGAAUGGGGCAGGCUCACUCGGGGGCAUCUGGAGACGACUGGCUAGGGGGGCUAAGUGUAUUUUUUUUAACUGCACAGGGAUGUUUGUCCUGUCUGUUAGCUGGGGCACCACGCCCACCGAGCAAAUGGAGGUCAUGUAAAAAUAUGGGUCACCUCAACACGUGGGGGUGUGCCACCUAUGUCUUGUGAUUGACAAGAAACAUGGUGGAAUUUUAGGUUAGGGUUAGAAUAACACAUUCUCUUUUUUAUUUUUUUUUAUUUUGCACAAGGCUGUGCUGAGGUGGUCCAUCAGGCAUGACCUCUUUUCGGCAUAAUUAGAAUGCAGAGCAAAGAACAGGUUUGUUCCAGAAACAGAGUGGGAGUCCAAAGCAGGAAAUGUUUGCAAUGAGGCGUUCAAAAUAAAAGCAGAGCCAAA